CCGGACGAUUUGCCAUUUCACAAACGUCAGAAUCCAGCAGCAUCAGCAUCCAAAAGCACGCAACACACACAAGGGGAAAAGGGGGUUGAGCUUCAUCCCACGACAACAGCAGUACGCAUUCACGAGUCGACGAAAUCUAGAGUGGCUCCGUGCCCGAAAAAUCGUCGUCACAAUGAACCAGAAUCCCUUCCAGGAGUACAUGCGCCAGCUGCAGCGGAUCCAGCAGCGCGCUGGUGGCGGCGGCGGCAUGCCCCCAAGGGGAACCAUCGGCCUCGGCGCCGCGGCGGUUCUCGGUGCAACUGGAAUCUGGGUUGUUUCCAACUCCCUCUUCAACGUCGACGGUGGUCACAGAGCUAUCAAGUACCGGAGGAUAAGUGGUGUGAGCAAGGAGAUCUUUGGCGAAGGAACCCAUUUCGCCAUUCCCUGGUUCGAGACCCCGAUCGUGUACGACGUCCGCGCAAAGCCGAGAAACGUCUCGUCUCUCACUGGUACCAAGGAUCUUCAGAUGGUCAACAUCACCUGUCGUGUUCUUUCGAGGCCCGAGGUCAAGGCGCUGCCACAAAUAUACAGAACCCUCGGUUCAGACUAUGAUGAGCGCGUCCUUCCCUCCAUCGUGAACGAGGUCCUCAAGAGCGUCGUGGCCCAGUUCAACGCCAGCCAGUUGAUCACUCAGCGUGAAAUGGUUGCCAGGCUGGUCCGGGAGAACCUGUCCAGGAGAGCGGCCCGCUUCAACAUUGUUCUGGACGACGUUUCACUGACGCAUCUUGCCUUCUCUCCUGAGUUCACGGCUGCCGUUGAAGCCAAGCAGGUCGCCCAACAGGAGGCUCAGAGGGCAGCCUUCGUUGUCGACAAGGCCCGUCAGGAAAAGUCGGCCAUGAUCGUCAAGGCCCAAGGUGAGGCCCGAUCAGCCGAGCUGAUUGGAGAGGCAAUCAAGAAAAGCAAGUCCUACGUAGAGCUGAAGAAGUUGGAGAACGCAAGAGCCAUCGCUCAGACUCUACAGGAGGCUGGCGGCCGCAACAGGUUGCUCCUUGAUGCCGAAGGUCUCGGCCUGAACGUGUUUGAGAAGAAUGACAGGAAGGAUUAAGACCUUUUUGUUUAGCCUCACAACACUCUUUUCUACUUGUUCUCGGGGACUGGGCCGGGCGUGAUGCAAAAAAAAAAAGACAAAUAACUCCUCACUGUAACUUUAUAAGGAAUGGCGUGUAACUAUCUAGCAAUAUAAUCCAGCUAUUACCACUCUGAA